AUGGAGCCGCCUCAGGCGAGGGGGAGAUUCCAGCAGGCGGUGCAGGAGAUACAAGCCACCGCGAUCGCGCCGAAGAAGAAGCGACUGUUCGCGCCCGCCCAGCCCAAGCCCAAGAAGAUCACGCGGUCCGAGGCGAAGAAGGAGGAGGAGCUCAACACGUUCACCAAGCUCACGGUCGAUUACCUCAACAACAAGCACGCCGACGUCGAGCCGGAGUCCAAUCCCAAGGUGUACUACAGCGAAUACGCCAACCUCCGGAACACCCCGGGGCGGCUCGUCGAGCCCGAGACGGACGAGGAGGUGCUCGCCCUGUUUGAUGAGGUCGCGGACGCGCCGCCGCGUCCGAACGUCGUCUCGUGGUUCCACGUUGAGGGCGUCAACGACGCGGUCAUCCGCGAGUUUUUCGUUAAGAUGAAGCUGAGGCUCCCAUCUCCGUCCCUCUCUCCCCCCUCCCCUUCUUCCGGGCCUUCAGGGAACGGAGGAGGUAAGGCGACGAGGAAGGGCGACGACGCGGUCGCCUUGUUCUUCAAGAGGCACCGCGAGCCGAGGCUGAGGUUCUUCGGCACGCACAUGUACCUCGCCAUGCAGCUGCUGGACAGGAACGACUCCGAGGGCGACAUACCGAUGGUGAGCGACCAGCAGGUGUCCGUGCUCUUCGUCCCCAACCGCAGGCUCGUCCUCACGGUGAGCGAGUACGCCAGCCCGGGGACCGACUUCGACCGGCUGCGCGAGCAGCUGGUGCAGGGAUCCAGCGCGUGCAACCACCCCAACGCGGACGCCACCCUCCUGUUGGCGGUGCUCGCGGACAAGUUCAUGGAGGACUCCUUCCCGCUGGCGGAGGAACUCGGCGAUUAUCUCGAACUCCUCGCGCACGCGCUCAUCAUGAAACCCGGGUUGCGGUACAACAUACCCGCCGAUAAGGUGAGGACCGAGCUGUGGCGCAUGCGCCGGUUCGCACUGAGGACCAGGCGUCUGACGGAGAUACUGCAGGAGGAUCCGCUGCAGCUCUUCGAGAACGCGCGGUUCCAGAGCUUCAUGGCCGUGGUGGAGCGACAGGCGCAGUCGCUGGCGGAGCUCUGCCACAUGUACAACGAGCGGUGCGGUAACAUCAUAUCGCGCAUCGAGGUGCACCAGACGACGAAGACCAACGAGACGUUGUUCACGCUGACGAUCAUCACCGCGCUGAUCAUCCCGGUGCAGUUCCUGACCGGCGUCUACGGCAUGAACUUUGAGAACAUGCCGGAGCUGAGAACCACGUACGGCUACUACGUCUUCUGGGCGGCGGUUCCCACGCUGUGCACGUUCACCUACCUGAUGCUUCGACGCAAGGGCCUGAUCGAGGACGAUUCUGACAUCAGAAUCGCGCAGCUGAUGCCCGCGGAGGUGGUGUCCGCCGUGAGCUUCAUAUCGAAGAGGGCCAAGAGGACGGUGCGGGCGGCGGGGGCGGGCGCGGCGAAGGUUGCGGCGUCUGGCGCAAAGGCGGCAAAGGGGGUGGCGACUGGGGCGAAAAAGGCGGGGACCGCGGUGAGCGUGACGAUCAAAAGCGCGAGCCCGAGGUUCAGCGGCGGAGGGGGAAGCGGAAGCGGAAGCGGAAGCUCGAUGCCGCCGACGCCAAAGAACGCCGCCUAGUAGUUAAGAGAGAGCCAAAACCGUCGCGUUCAUUCG